AUGAACAAAGCACUUCUAACAGUUCUAGUGGUGGCAAUAGUAGCUGGUGUAUUUGUAGAGCAAAGCAACGCUCUACUACGGGCCGGGAGGGACCGGAUCGAGAAGUUUCAACGUGGGCUGAACUCAUACAAACAACAGGAGGCGGAAAUGAACCCACCUAUGGCAGUUUAUUACAGGAGAAGUAAGAACACUUUUAAAAGUUAGAUACAGUAAAAACCCGCGACUAAGAACCGGUUAGGUUAAAAUUUACCAGUUAGGCCCCCUCCAUACAAUAACCUGUUUAGCCCAAGAUUUGAAACAGGUUCUUAUUUUUCUAAAAUCUAUAUUAAAAAAUUCUGUACAUUUGGGCAAAUAAGAUAAGUCCUGACAUUCAGGGUCAUCUUUUGAGACAUAGUUGCCUUAUUAUUCCCACUGCAAUUGUGAUGGUUAAUAGUCAGGUUUUACCUAAGGAAUGAGCUGAAUACCCCUAAAUACUCUUAGCUGCAAUGUAUUUUUUCUUCACAAAAUAAGAACCUAUUUAAGAACCUAAAUAGCCUCAAUUUGUGCUAAUUACCAUGUAUGUCUUGUAUGUAAGAACCUGUUUAGGCUAACUUGGAAAAAUGCAGGUUCUUAGUCGCGGGUUUUUAGUGUAUUAGACUUUUUACCCUUUCCGGGCACCUCGUUAUCACGGACAGUUUGCUUUGUCUUUAGCGACAGCCCUUUCUUACAUUUUCUCUAAAUUCAACCCGCUUAAUACAGACACCGCGUUAAUAAGGACACUUUCUAUGGCCCCCUUAGUGUCAGUUGUAACGGGGUUUGACUGUAAAAGAUCUUUUUUUGUUGUUACGGAGCGCUACGUAGGACAUGAUAGAACAUAAAAGAACAAUACGUAGAACAUGACAGGAGAAAAGUCAUGGGUUCACUUUCUGAUCUCUGGGUUACCAUCUCAUUCAAACCCUUGACUGAAUUUUUUUUCUAGGCUAUUUGUUUAAAUAUUGAACGAGUUUUGAUAAUUUAAAUAUCGAGGAUAACUUUUUCACGGAGUGGGACUACUCUCUUAUCCAACGAGGAUAAAGAAUUCCAAAAGAAACUUUAACUCUUUGAUAAAUCUGCAUUCUUCCCAGGAGGAUUUAGGGGAGAGUAGCAAUGCUCCAGAAUUUUUUUUCUAGCCCAGUUGUAUGAAUAUUGAACGAGUUCAGAUAGUUAAAAUAUCGAGGAUAACUUUUUAACGGAGUGGGACUACUCUCUCACCCAACAACGAUAAAAUUUUAAAAGAAACUUUAACUCUUUGAUAAAUCUUCAUUCUUCCCAGGAGAAUUUAGGGGAGAGUAGCAAUGCCCCAGAGUGGUUCUUGGGAAACGCCAGGCUUAGACGAAGACUUCUGGUAUCUAAUUAAGAGACCGAGAUACCGGUAGAAUCCCGAUUUUUAGAAUCUUCUGAUUAAAAACAAUUAAAGUAGUUCCCAUUUUCAGGAGGUCCGAGAAACCGAACUUUGACUCUAUUCUUUACGAACACGCUCUACAGAAACCGGGUUAAGCUCGUUAAAGCUUGGGGGAAUUUAUCGUAAAGUUUGUCAAAAAAGAAACACUUUUUAUUUCGCUUUCUUUUCAGACAAGAUCGAAAGAUCCGAAGAGUAAAGAAUUUGAAAGAAGAUCGGAACACAAUGUUACACAUAUUUGAAAAUCAUUCGUAGGUGUGGUCAACUCAAUAGUAUGGUACAACUGUCACUUAGUGGAGCUAAAACUCUGAUACACUUGUAAUAUAGCGAAAAAAGCAGAAUAAAAUUUAUUGAGUCGCUGAGUCGCCAUCAUAUGUAUUAUGCUCGUUUUCCUUCCUUCGCUUCCCCAGUUUUCAAGGGUUCCCAAUAGGGCUCAUAUUAACCCCUUCCUUCCUAACCAAAUUUUCGCUCAAUCAGGUAAUUCCGAGGGUAAUUGGCUGUUUUUAUACAAAGGACGCAUUAUCCGUCUGGACGAACUUGGACAAACAUUUUGUAGUUCGUCUGGUUCUACGUCUCAAGCAUAAAGACGGGCACAAGACGCAUUACGCGUCCAGAUAAACUACCUUUCGAAGCGCGUCGUUCAAGACGUAUUACGAGGGAAAGUUCGUCCAGGCGCCUGAGCGGGGUACAUUGCUUAAUGUAUCACGAUCGGGAUACAUUUCAUUUUAGUCAAAGCCACAUGACCAAGAAUCAACCAGUGGCAGUCCCUGUUUAGUUGAGUGAAAGUUUAGGAAUAUAACAACAGAUAAUAUACCUAAUGAGCUAUUGCAUUCUGCUUUUUGAAGUCACAGAAAUAGUACAAAUCGAAGGUUUUUUUUCCUCCCGCUUUUUUUGUUGAACCUUUUCUCCAGCACUAUGCAGGUAUACCUUGUUUUAUAUGACAUAAAACUAAAUGCCUUGGUAGAGACAUAAUGUUUUACUUAUCGAAGCUACUUUCGUGCUGUUAUCGCAGAUGAAGUCGGUCCAAACUGCUCGUUUCGCAGCUAAAAAUCUUUAAGGUUUGUUCAGCUUAUGGCCGAAUAAGAUAUUACACUGGGCUUGAAAGCGGAUUUUAAUGCCACUGCUCUUCAUUUAUACCUUUGUUCAUGACUUCAAUAUUAGCCAAAUUAACAAGCUCAAGGAGAAAACGAAUGCUCGCAAGGAAUUGUAGCUAAGAAAAUGUCGUUUUUAGCUCUCUUCAAUCUCAGCAAGAUGUGGAUAUUUGUGAAAUAACUCAGUGCCAUUAAUUAAAUUACUCUCAGGAACUCAAUUCACCCAUUUAUGCAGUUGGGGGGAAACGAAGACAGGUAAACAGAUUAUCUUCUUUGUGGUCACCGUGAGUUUGCUCUAUUGUUAAUGUGAGCUAUAAAUCAUUUCAGACGUCGCAAUUUCUUCCUCAUCUAAAGACAUAAUAAAUUAAAGUGAUUAGCAACCAGAGAAAGCUUGCCGAGAGUAAUUUUUAGCGAUAAGACUUUCUCAGCCAAACCGCCUAAAUACUAAAUGAACAUUACACAGUAUUUCAGGCAAUCGGGGUGUACUUACUUAGCGAAAAAAUUCCGGAGAAUGAUGAUCAAUUUUACCGACUAAUUUUAUUCAAAUACGCGGCCAGAUCACAGCCCUUAGCGCAGUUUUAUUAAACUUCUUAAGAGUUACGUCUUUCAAUUUGAAACUGUCGGCGACGUUUCAAACUUAUACAUGAGAACUAAGAAAUAUCAAUUUUUUCACGAAUUUCUUGUUUUACUCUUAAUUUUACCGGAUAAAUUUUUGAUUAAGGAAGCUGAAAAGUUAUUGACUUGAUGUGAUAUUUCAGAUUAUUUUUCAAAUUCACGAAAGCUGAAGGUUAGAAACUCUGAAUUCUCUCUUUACACUUCCAAGGAAAAGAAAAAUAAUGGCCUGAAAUUUUUACAUUGGCUGAAAUUAACAGCUGUUUUUGACGCAUUAAUGUUAAAUGACUGUAAAAUAUAAAUCUUAUCGUUAUCAAUGUGUUAUAUCAUUUGCAUGAAUCUUGCCAGUUAAUUUCCUGAGCCAAUGAACAUGCAAUUUACUAUUAAUACUUCCCUUAUACAAUGAAAUACGAUUUCUCUCCUUCAUUAUGCUUCAACAAUUAGUAUUAUUAAUAUUACUACUGACGAUUACUAUUGUUAUUAUCAUUAUAUUUUUUAUGAGACAUUCUUUUUAAAUUUGUAACUAUAACUCCAACCUUGAUGAUAGUUAUAAGUAAACAGUUGCCUCUGUCGGUUUUAUUUUAUUUAUUUUUUUUCAGAAAAAGACUGAAGAUAAAUGUUAA